AUUAUCUAUUGAUGCAAAGUAUUUUAAUUGCUGUAAUAGAAUUCGCAGUACUCAAAAUGUGUUCUUAAAAGAUAAUAACACAAUCUUAGCAUUAGCCUACCCAGGCAGGUGUUCGUAGAAGUCUGGCCAAGUCUUGAAAGGACGUGGAAGUGUUUGCCCAUGUGAUCAACUUGAAGGAGGAACGAAAUGACGACUUCUUGUAACUGAUCAGCCAUUGGAUUAGGGACACGUGUAUCGAUAAACUUCUAGUCACGUUUGGAAGGAAGACUAAUCGCAUCGUGACGGCUGAAACAGGCACCAUUGAAUAUAAGGUAGCUGUAAAUCGUCCCUGAAAUAAGACAGACAGCACAACAACAAUCAUGGAGGUGAACAAAGAUGAGGCCAAACGGUGCAUCGAGUUGGCAACUAUUGCCCUGAAAAUGGGCAAUGUCGAGAAAGCGGAAAAGCUGUUGAAAAAAUCCCAAAACCUGUACCCACUGUCCCAGGCGGAAGAACUGCUGAAGCGGGUGAAGGCGGCCGGAUCCAAACCCAGCACAGGAACUACGGCCGGCACCGGUGGGACAGCGAAUGGAGCAUCUUCCGCUCGCAAACGUCCGGUCCAUCGAGAGGAAGAAAAACCGGCGGAACCAAAGCUGAACGUUGAUUACACCCAGGAGCAAGCGAACGCGGUUAAGCGUGUCCAGAAGUGUAAAGACUUUUACGAAGUGUUGGGAGUGUCGAAGGAAGCUACUGAUUCGGAGAUUAAGAAAUGUUACAAGAAGCACGCACUGCAGUUGCAUCCGGACAAGAACAAAGCGCCAGGCGCGAUGGAAGCGUUUAAAUCGCUCGGCAACGCGGUGGAAACGUUAACCGAUCCGCAAAAACGAAAAGCGUACGAUCUGUACCGUACCACCGGGGGCGGAUCGUCGGGAACACGGACGCGAACACCAAACGGAGGUUACACGUACGGUCAGAACGGGUUUAACUUCCAGUCCGACUUCGAUACGGGUAUGAACCCGAACGAUCUGUUCAACAUGUUCUUUGGCGGUGGUUUCCCGCAGCAACGGCAACAGCAUCAGCAGCAUUAUUACUAUCGAACACGCACCGGGCGUACCUCACAGUAUGACGACCGAAACGUUAGUCAACCGAGUCUUAUUUUUGGGCUGAUCUUGUGUUUCAUCGUCAUUUCGCUUCUGUCGACGUUCUUCGCAUCUGAUCCGGUGUACAGUUUGCAGCAGACGGGAAAGUUUUCGGUCGAACGGCGUACUCUCAAUCUGAAGAUACCGUACUACGUGAAGAACAAUUUCCUGAGCGAAUAUCAGGGCACUUUGGCGCGGCUCGAGCACUCGGUUGAGGAAGAGUAUGUGACGUACAUGAAGCGAGCCUGCAGCAACGAACGGACGUACCGGGAUGCGAUGAUCGGACGGGCGAAGAGCUUUGGCAGCCGGGCACAGUUUCAGCAGGCGCAGCAGCUUAAGAUGCCCUCGUGCGAGGCACUAUAUCGUUUGGGCAUCGGAGUGGUACAGUACUAAGGUGCAUCCAUACGUUGAAUAAUAUAGUAAGGUUUGCGAAUAAGCUAUCGAACAAAACUGAACUCUUUAUUUUGUUUUUUUUUCGUCGUUGUUUGCCUCAUCUCGCUUCGUUCCUACGUACAAUCGAUAGAAAUUCGGAUUAGUUUCCCAUGGGUAAGCUAGACACUAUCCCAUCAAAAGACACAUUCCGCAGUAAAUGUGUUGCCUGUAGGGUUAUUCGGGUUGGUUAAUGUGUUAGUUUUGUCAUUUUUAAUGCAAUAAAAGCGAUGUAAU